GCAGCUGUUUGUUCAUCCUUUAGGGAAGAGGAGAAAGUCCAGCAUCAGUCUUUCCCAACUCUUUCUGUAAAAACUGGGAUUACAGGUCCUGCAAAGGAACGUUUCCAGAGGAUGAGCGUGUACCUGGUGGUCCUGUGUCUAGCUUUGCUGCAGCAAGGAGGGGAGGCCAGGUCAGACCCUCUGGGCUGUCAGAGCCCUGAUGCAGUGAGAGUGGCAGAAGAGGCCCUGGAGCAGAUCAACCAGGACAGGAAAAAUGGAUACAUCUGGAGUCUCAACAGACUCUAUGAUCUCUCUCACACUCAGGAACAGGAGAAAGGUGGAUCUCUUUACAAACUAACCAUUGAUGUCAUGGAGACUGUAUGCCAUAUCACCAGCAGAAAACCAUGGAAACAAUGUGAUGUCAGAAGUAUUGGAAACAUUCCAGCGUAUGGAGAGUGUCACGUAUCUGUCUAUGUUCACACUCAAGCCAAACUACAAAGCUACUCCUGUACACUUCGUGAAGUUCCUGCUACUGCAGUGGUAGAUGUCUGCCCAGACUGUCCCACCGCCGAAAAUCUGAAUGAACCCAUCGUCAGGGAGACGGCCAAUCUGUCCCUGCAGAGGUUCAAUGCAGAGAGUCACCUGGCCAACUACUUUACUCUGGAGAACAUCACAAAAGCCAGCUCACAGUGGGUUGUUGGUCCAUCCUAUUUCGUGGAGUUCACUAUUGUGGAAACAGUUUGCUCAAAGGAAACCGAUGCCAGUGAACUGAGCAGCUGCACACCUAUGGACUGCCAGUUUGCUCACAGAGGCUUCUGUCUGGGCUCACACAUGGCUCACGAUGACCAGUUUGAAAUCAGAAACCCUGUCGGCAAAAGGGGAGGUUCGCGUCAGGAUCGGAACCCUGUAGAGGUGAAAUGUGACAUCUAUGAACCUCAGGCUGCCUCUGUGGAGGAGCAGGUCCAUGCAAAAGCAGACACUGUGCACGCUGAGCACCAACACCACAACCAUACUCACCUGCACCCCCAUGAACACCUGCACUCAAUCACACCCAGCUCCAACAUUACUGUCUCCAAGACACAGAACCUUGGGACUGUGGUAGAUCAGCCUGCCUCUCCCAGAGCUUCCCCAGCUGGCAGCUCCUGCCCCGGCCCCCGCAGACACAGACUGGGUUUAAAGAAACUCAGGCUCUGAUUGGCUGAACCACUGCAGUGCCUCUUUGUUCGAUUACUCAAGCCUGAUUGUUUGUGCAUUUUUCAGUUAGCUAAAGGAAAUGUGACUAAAACCUUGCAGGACAGUAACUCACACCAAAAAAAUGAAAUAAAGUAUUUAUCAU